AUGGCUGUUAUCGAGAAGGAUAAUCUGGGUGAUACUAAGCACGAGUAUGUUGAAGAUCUAGAGAAGACCAACACUACAUGGGACGAUAGACCCACUCUCGACCCUGAGCUGGACAAACGCAUCACACGCAAAUUCGACAGGCAUGUCGUGCCAUGGCUCUUCGGCUUGUGGCUAUUGGCAUUUAUCGACCGCAGUAACGUAGGAAACGCUAAGAUAUCAGGACUUUCGCAAGAGCUCAAACUAGACGGGGACAAGUUUAACAUUGCGCUCGCCGUCUUCUAUAUCCCAUACAUCUUGGUUGAUGUGCCGUCCAAUUUAGUCCUCAAGUACUUCAGAGCUGGCUACUACUUGCCAUCUCUCAUCAUUGGGUGGGGACUUGUUGGAAUGUGCAUGGGCUUUGUGAAGAGCUACACGGACCUCAUUGUCACUCGCUUCUUCCUUGGGCUUAUGGAAGGCGGUCUACUGGGUGGUAUGAUCAUUUAUUUGGCAAUGUUCUUCAGACGUCACCAAUUGAUGUUCAGGAUUGGACUUUUCUAUUGUGCUGCGCCUUUAUCUGGCGCUUUCGGAGGCCUCUUAGCCACUGGUCUUGCCAAGAUCCACACCGGGGGCUACAAUGGGUGGCCCUUCAUCUUCUUCGUUGAAGGAGGCUUCACCGUUCUCUUCGGCAUUCUCACCAUCUUUUUCCUACCACACACACCUGCCGAAUCGAAGUUCUUGACCGAGGAGGAGAAGGCUGGAGCUGCUCUACGUAUGCAUCUGGAUUCGCAUGGUGCUGAUACUGCUGAUGAAGUCAAAAAUGAGAAAUUCAGCUGGCACUGGGUGAGGAUGGCCUUCCUCAAUUGGAACACCGUCUUACUCUCUUUGAAUUUCUUCGCCAUCAUCACACCUAUCUAUUCGUAUUCGCUGUUCCUGCCUACAAUCAUCAAGAGCUUGGGUUACAAGGCCGUACAUGCUCAACUUCUCACUGUACCUCCCAACGUGGGAGCCUUCUUGAGUGUACUAUUGGUUACAUGGCUGUCCGACAAGUACCGCAUGAGAGGCCCAUUCAUGUUGGCUGGCUGUGUAGUCGCCAUCGCGGGAUACAUAAUGCUCAUCUCCAACAACCACCAUACGAUCCAAUACGGAGGCACUUUCCUGGUCGCAGCAGGAGUGUUUCCUUGCAGUCCGCUGGUCAUGGGAUGGUUGGCUAACAACUUGGCACCGCAUUAUGUUCGUGCAACAGGAACUGGUGCUCAGAUCAUGAUCGCCAAUUGCGCUGCCUUCAUCGCGACAUUCACUUAUCUUGCCGCAGAUGCUCCUCGAUAUAUCACAGGUCAUGCUAUCAAUAUUGGUAUGUUGUGCAUGGCGCUGACAAUUACGUCCUGGAUGUUGGUCUACUGCAGCUGGGAGAACAAGAAGAGGGCUAAGGGAGGCCGUGAUUACAGAUUGGCUGAGGGAGACGAGUCAAUGCUUGGCUAUAAGCACCCAUCCUUCCGCUACACUUUGUAG